AUGGGCAGCACGUUUGACCGAGGUGCGUAUCUCGAGCGCAUCAAGUUGUCGGACGCACCGACGGACGCGUCGCUGGCGUUCUUGGACACGUUGCUCCAGCACCACCGGCAAUCCAUUCCGUUUGAAAACCUGGCCGUGUGUGGAGCGUUCCCAGUCAGUCCCGCCCACGUGGAAGAUGUUUCUGUCGAGCGUGUAUCUCUCGACGCAGACAAGAUCUUUCAAAAGUUGGUCGUCGACAACCGAGGAGGCUACUGCUUUGAACAAAACGCACUCCUCGCCGCGGCACUGCGGGCGUUUGGAUACACAGUCGACACGCUCAGCGCCAGAGCCCUCUUCCCGAUUGCGUCCACUGACCCGGCAGCGCCUCCAGCAUUCGAGUUUACUGGCCUCAUUCACAUGAUCCUGCUCGUGACUGUUCAUAAUGUUGUGUACCUUGUCGACGUCGGGUUUGGUGGCCGAGGCCAGCCACCCGCGGCUCUAGCGCUGAACGAAAGCUCUCUCGUUCAAGCCAAGGGGGGGGAAGUGUACCAAAUGAAGCAAGUGCAAAUUGUACGGGAUUUGAAUCUUCCCAACACGUACACGGGGGGAUUCCAACUGGCCGAGCCAGGAAAUGACCUGUCGACUCCAACCUUGUGGGCGCUGUACUACAAAGCAAAACUGGACGAUGAGUUCCGAGUGAGCUAUGUUUUCUCUUCCACGGAUUCCAUGGCCCACGCCGACUACUUGCCGUCCAACUGGUUCUGCUCGACUAGCCCCAAGAGUCCACUGGCCCCCCAUGUCGUGUGCGUGUUGCGGACCGAAAGAGGUCUCAAAUGCGUUCACGGCAUGACGUUCAAGCACUUGGAAUGCGGAGAAUGGAUCGAAUCAACGACGUUAGAAUCGAAAGAAGCGCUCCUGGACGUGCUGAAGAGCCACUUUGGCCUUGUACCUCCAGCACAUGACUCGGUCUGAGCACGGCUCAACGUACGGUCAGUCAAGGAGUGCAUUGAGAUCUCUUGUUCGAAUGUAAACGCCCAAAAUCGCUUACUCUACCCCA